AUGCCUACUUCACCGGGCCAUGGCGCCUCCAUAUCGUACACAAAUGGCCAUUUGUCGCCUCUCGCGGCGCAGACUACCACCACAGACAGCCCUUCUGAACACAGCGACAGCGAUCUGUCUGACACUAACGGACCUACCGUACCCGAACCUGGUUCAGAUGCCGAUGCGCCGGGAGAUGAUGAUGUCGAAGACCAGGAGGUGGCUGCUGCUUCAGACUCGUCCGAGGACGUUGAUGCCGAGGGCGAGCCAGACGGCGAUUACGACUCUGACUCACCGCCAUCUGAGCGAGCAGAGAGCGACGAGGCGCAGAGCCCCACGUCACAAGAUUCUAGACGGCCACUGAAGCGCAAGGCCAGCAAUGAGAAGGAGGACUAUAUCACACAGAACCCAGAGCUUUAUGGUCUACGUCGUAGCGGUCGUGCCCGCCCUAGUCGUCGUGUCGUCGACAGCGAUGAUGAAGAUGAUGAUUCUGGCUCUAGUCAGCCUCGCAAGCGUCAAAGGACUGCCUCGCGAAAAGGUUCGAUCAACUCCUCCCCAGGAUCUUUGAGCCUUACUGACCCCAAAUAUGCAGCCUCGAAACAGCCAACACCAGUACAUCGUUCGGCAGGCUCUGAUUCCGAGUCCGAUGGCUAUGUUGGCGCACGCAGGCACAUUCCGACUAAGAAGGAACGUCAACGUCAGCAUCUGGUAGCUGAGGGUCGCCUCCCCCCCUCGCAAGCUGAGGUGCGCUUCUCUGCACGGCGCACUGCAGCACCCGUCACCAACUACAAUGAGGACGACGACAAAGAUCCUUUUGAAGAAGACGAGGACGAGACGACUCCCAACUACUGGGCAAAUGCAGUCGAGGACACUGGCCCUGUCAUAGACAAGAUCCUUGAUCAUCGACCGGUUGAUGGGAUAGAGCCUGACCCUCACUACGUGGAGAAGAAAGACUUUGAGUACCUUAUCAAAUGGCAAGACCGUGCCCAUUAUCACUCCACUUGGGAAAAUUACAAGACUGCGUCCGCACACAAGGGUUGGCGCAAGCUUGACAAUUACUUCAAGGGACCCGUAAGGAGCGACAUGUACUAUCACGCGCGGAAGAAGCAAGAACCAGAGGAGUUUGAGCAACACAUGGUUGCCCGUGAAGCCGAACGUGAGAGUCAGUUGGACUUCCAUGUUGUUGAGCGGGUGAUUGACUCACGAGAUGGCGACGACGAAACUGAGUAUUUCGUAAAGUGGAAGGGUCUGACUUACGAAUUCUGUACAUGGGAGCCAGCCUCUCUCAUCAGUCGCUUGUCACAAACUGAGAUUGAUCGUUACCUCGACCGUUCAUCGAAUCGACCAACCUCUGACACACGCGAAUCGAAUCUUAACACACGCAGAAAGUUCGUGAAGCUGGAUGCGCAGCCUGACUACAUAAAGUAUGGCCAGCUCAGGGGGUUUCAACUUCAGGGUCUGAACUUCCUCGCUCAUAACUGGUGUCGAGGAACGAACGUCAUUCUUGCUGAUGAGAUGGGUCUCGGAAAAACUGUCCAGACCGUCUCCUUCAUCAAUUGGCUUAGGCACGAUCGUCGCCAAGAUGGUCCCUUCAUAUGCGUGGUGCCGUUGUCAACCAUGCCGGCCUGGGCAGAUACCUUCAACAAUUGGACGCCCGAUGUUAACUAUGUGAUCUAUACCGGCAGGGAAGACGCUCGAAGCAUCAUUCGAGACAAAGAAUUGCUCAUAGACGGCAACCCACGAAAGACCAAGUUCAACGUACUACUGACGACCUAUGAGUACGUCUUGGCAGAUUGGCAAUUCCUGUCAAGCAUAAAGUGGCAGUUCCUUGCUGUCGAUGAAGCUCACCGAUUAAAAAACCGCGAAUCGCAGCUGUACGAUCGGUUGCGACAGUUCAACGCUCCAAGCAGACUUCUUAUUACUGGCACUCCCAUUCAGAACACACUCGGCGAAUUAGCAGCCUUGAUGGACUUCCUCAUGCCCGGCAAGAUCACUGUCGAUGAGAACGUCGACCUCGCGUCCGAUGAUGCCAGUCACAAGCUUGCCGAGCUUAGUGAAGCCAUCCAACCUUACAUGAUCCGUCGCACGAAGGAAAAGGUAGAGAACGAUUUGCCACCCAAGUCAGAAAAGAUCCUUCGUGUCGAAUUAUCCGAUAUCCAGCUAGAGUACUACAAGAACAUUCUUACGCGGAAUUACGAGGCUCUCAAUGAAGGCGGCGCUGGUCAUAAGCAGUCACUGCUUAACAUCGUUAUGGAGCUGAAGAAGGCAAGCAACCAUGCGUUGCUCUUCCCGAACGCGGAAGCGAAAUUCAUCCGAGGUGAUGCUACCAAGGAUGAAACGUUGAAAGCCCUCAUUACGACAAGUGGAAAGAUGAUGUUACUAGAUCGCCUUCUAGGUAAACUCAAGGCUGACGGGCAUCGCGUACUCAUCUUCAGUCAAAUGGUCCAUAUGCUGGACAUCCUGACAGACUACCUAAAGCUGCGCAAUUAUCCCUUCCAGCGUCUUGAUGGUACUGUUCCUGCCGCUGAGAGAAAGAUCGCUAUUGACCAUUUCAAUGCCCCUGGCAGUGAUGAUUACUGCUUCUUGUUAUCGACCCGAGCUGGUGGUCUGGGAAUUAACUUGAUGACAGCCGAUACUGUAAUCAUUUUUGAUUCGGACUGGAAUCCACAAGCUGAUCUGCAAGCCAUGGCUCGGGCCCACCGUAUCGGCCAGCAGAAGCCAGUCAGUGUCUAUCGUCUAGUUUCAAAAGACACCAUCGAAGAAGAGAUUCUGGAACGCGCGCGAAAUAAGCGCAUGCUUGAAUUCAUUACCAUCCAGCGUGGUGUCACUGACCGUCAGCAAAAGGAGCUCAACGACAAAAUGAGCCGUGCAGCUGCUGAGCCAUCCUCAGCUGAUGAUAUCAAUAACAUCCUUAAGCGUCGUGGCCAGAAGAUGUUUGAACAAUCUGGUAAUCAAAAGAAGCUUGAAGAACUCGACAUCGACGCUGUUCUCGAGAAUGCGGAAGAACACAAGACCGAAGAAGCAGCUGGCCUUACCUCUGACGGUGGUGCAGAGUUUCUCAAGAACUUUGAGUAUACAGAUGUCAAGAUUGACCUGGAGUGGGAUGAUAUUAUUCCCAAGGACGAUCUUGAUGCUGUCAAAGCCGAUAUUCAGAAACGCAAAGAAGAGGAAGAAACCCAGAAGCUGCUUGAGGAGAGCGCGCCUAGGAAGCGCAAAGCAGCUGCGGCAAGCGCGCGAGAGCAACGAGCCGCGAAGAAACGCGCUCUUGCGGCUACACCGGUUGAGGUUGAUGAUGAUGAGCCAUCUGAAGACGAUAAUACCAAGCGCGAUCCCAAACGCCCACUCACCACCAGGGAGACUCGUAACCUCGUUCGUGCAUAUGAGCGUUAUGGGUCACUUGAAGAGCGUGGCGAUGAAAUGCUGCAAGCUGCGAAAUUGGUGGGUCGCGACAUGUCCGUUGUGAAAAGUACUCUGGACCAAGUCAUUGCGGAGAGCACCAGACUUGUCAAGGUGGAGCAGGCCAGGCUAAAGAAUUUGGAAAUGGAAACCAAUCGCGCGCUCACCAAGAAGGACAAGAAGGCUGUGCUCUUCGACUUCGGCAUGGUGAAGAAGAUUAAUGCUGAGACAAUCAUUGAUCGACCUAUCGAAAUGCGCAUCCUGAAGGAAGCCGUAGAGGCAACUCCCGAGUGGCGCAAUUUUCGUGUGCCCGACGCGAUUAAACCUGCCAGCUACUCAUGCCCUUGGGGUGCUCGAGAGGAUGGUAUGCUCUGCAUUGGUAUCUCACGACAUGGAUACGGUGCAUGGGGUCAAAUCCGCGACGAUGUGGAGCUUGGGCUGAGUGACAAGUUUUAUCUUGAAGAGCAUCGAGUAGACAAGAAAGAAGAGCGCACCAAGGGCGAGGAGAAGAACGCGAAAUCGCCUGGUGCUGUCCAUCUUGUUCGAAGGGCAAACUAUCUUCUCAUGGUGCUCAAGGAUAAGGCUAGCCCGGAUCCCAAUGUUAAGCGUCUCAUGGAGAACCAUCAUCGUAAUAACAAGAAGCACCAUCUCAACAAUGCUCGCCGAAUUGACAAAGCAUCCGGCUCUGCCAGUCCGGCACCUUCUGGGGCAGUGCGCAAAGUUGUGUCUCGCGAGACAGAUCGACCUAUUCAACGUUCGCAUAGCAACAGUGAGAGUCGUCAUCCCGAGAGCCGUAGCGACAGCCGACAGUAUGAAAAGAGCAGUCAUGACCGCCCAAGGCACAGCGACCAGUAUAGGCCAUCUGAUAUGCACCGCAAAGAACAUCGUGUUGAACGCAACAGCAUUGAUCGUCGUUCGCAGCAUCUCGACAGGACUGACACGCCUGAUUUCCGUCGAAAGGUCAGCAUAGAGGAUAGGUCGAGACCCAAGGAUGACCGGCCACGAGCCAAGGAGGAUCGAUCAUGGCCUAAAGAGGACCGUCAACGUCCGAUGGAAGAACGCCCACGUUCGCACAGCCAGAGUCAGGGUGCCAGCCGCAGUACUGAAACACCGAAGCCCAAAGACAGCAAGCCGGAGGACUUGAUUGAAAAGCGACUUCGACCUGUGCGCGAUAACCUUAGCCGCCUUAAAAAGGCGACGCCCAAGAAUUAUCCGCAAAAGGACCAGAUGAUCAAGGUUCUCAAGGUGGAGCUGAUUGCCAUUGGUAACUACAUUCGUGUAGAGACGCGUAAUGAUCCGGAAUUAGAGGAGCGUCUUUGGGCAUUCACUGUCAACAACUACUGGCCUCGCUCGAGCGUCACUGUCCCGGCGAUCAAGGGCAUGUAUCAGAAGAUGCUGAGCUCGGAGAAGCCAGGGGCUAGCUCACCACCCAGCAAUGGUGUGAAGAACGGAGCUUAG